GGUGGGGCGCUGGGCAAGUGUCAGUCAGGUCGGGAACCGAGGGGUACAGCAGAGACCACGGCGCAGACAGGCAUCCCGGCCGCGGCGGUGAGGUCUGCCCAAGAUGGAGUUCCUCCUGGGGAACCCGUUUAGCACGCCUGUGGGGCAGUGUCUCGAAAAGGCAACAGAUGGCUCCUUGCAGAGUGAAGACUGGACAUUGAACAUGGAGAUCUGCGACAUCAUCAAUGAAACAGAGGAAGGGCCAAAGGAUGCCAUUCGAGCCCUGAAGAAGCGACUCAGUGGAAACCGGAACUACAGGGAAGUGAUGCUGGCACUGACGGUACUGGAAACAUGUGUGAAGAACUGUGGCCACCGCUUCCAUAUCCUUGUGGCCAACCGAGACUUUAUUGACAGCGUCCUGGUCAAAAUCAUCUCUCCCAAGAACAACCCUCCCACAAUUGUGCAGGAUAAAGUACUUGCUCUGAUCCAGGCGUGGGCAGAUGCGUUUCGGAGCAGUCCUGACCUCACUGGUGUGGUGCACAUAUACGAGGAGCUGAAGAGGAAGGGGGUUGAGUUUCCCAUGGCAGACUUGGAUGCUCUGUCUCCCAUCCACACUCCCCAGCGGAGUGUCCCGGAAGUGGAUCCAGCCACAACCAUGCCCAGGUCCCAGUCACAACAGAGGACAACUUCUGGCUCCUACUCUGCACCUCCUGCUUCCUACCCUGCUCCUCAAGCCCCAGCUCUGAGUGUGACUGGCCCCAUCACAGCCAACUCAGAACAGAUUGCCAGGCUGCGGAGCGAGCUGGAUGUGGUUCGGGGAAAUACAAAAGUCAUGUCUGAGAUGUUAACAGAGAUGGUUCCUGGGCAGGAGGAUUCAUCUGAUCUGGAACUGCUGCAGGAGCUAAACAGGACCUGUCGAGCCAUGCAGCACCGUAUUGUGGAACUCAUCUCCCGUGUGUCCAAUGAGGAGGUCACCGAGGAGCUGUUGCACGUCAAUGACGACCUCAACAAUGUCUUCCUCCGCUAUGAGAGGUUCGAGCGAUACAGGUCGGGCCGAUCGGUUCAGAAUGCCAGCAAUGGAGUACUCAAUGAAGUGACUGAAGACAACUUAAUAGACCUGGGCCCUGGCUCUCCUGCCGUGGUGAGCCCAAUGGUGGGAAGCACGGCACCCCCAUCUUCCCUUUCCUCCCAGCUGGCAGGCCUGGACUUGGGGACUGAGAGUGUCAGCGGCACCCUCAGUUCACUCCAGCAGUGCAAUCCUCGUGAUGGCUUUGACAUGUUUGCCCAGACCAGAGGGAACUCCUUAGCUGAGCAGCGCAAGACGGUCACCUAUGAGGACCCCCAGGCUGUUGGAGGACUCGCUUCUGCACUAGAUAGUCGGAAACAAAGCUCAGAAGUGCAGAGAGGGAAAGGUGGGGACUUUGACCUGGAGCCCAUAGACAGCUGGCUCAUGACCCAAGGAAUGAUCCCCGUUGCACAGCCCUCUGUCAUGGACGACAUUGAGGUGUGGCUCAGGACGGACCUGAAGGGUGAUGACCUGGAAGAGGGUGUCACAAGCGAAGAGUUUGAUAAGUUCUUGGAAGAGCGAGCCAAGGCCGCUGAAAUGGUCCCUGACCUCCCAUCACCCCCUGUGGAGGCUCCUGCCCCGGCUUCCAACCCUUCUGGCCGGAAGAAGCCUGAGCGGUCAGAGGACACCCUCUUUGCCCUGUGAGCUGCUCUGUGGUCUUCUCUGUGGAUAGCAGGUCACUGCUUGCUCCCUGUGGACACUGAACACUGGCCACUCUCCCUGCCCCUCACCCUUGGCCUGUGCACCUGUGUCUUCAUGGAAACACCUGUGUCUGCUCCCCUAGUCAGGACCAGCUUUUGCCACCUUCCUUCUCAGUGGUGGGACAGCUGCACUGCAGCUAGAGGCCCCACCUUCUCCUUCCCCAGGCUUCUGACUGUGUGUCCUUCCAGGAAGAGCGGUCACCCAGCCUAGGCAGAGAGUAGCCCCUCGACACUGCUCCUGAGCAGACCACCUGGACUAUCGUCUCCAUCACCCACCCACAGAAGAGGGGGUCAGGCUCUGGCUUGCCAUGUGUGCCCACAGUAUGUGCCACCUCUGCUGGCUCAGUGGAUUCCCUGAGGCCUGCUGCCCUCAUCCCUCUGCUGGGAAUGGCCUUGUGUCUCCUCCUUGGACCUUGUCACUUCAUGGCACCUGUUGUGUUGGCACUUUAGAAGGCUCUGUAGGGCGCUCAUAUGGGGUUCUUAUGUACUUGACCCUCUCUCCAUCAGCCAGCUGCCUACUGAGACCUCCCGCCCCCCGGCUCAGCAGCCAGGCCCAACCAAGGGGUCACAGAGGACCGUAGCUCCUAGUAUGGGGACAGCCCAGUGCACUUGGGAGGGCAGCACUACUAUAAACCCAUCUGCAGCCUGUGUACUCCAGCCAGCAACCUUUGGCCUUGUGUGGAGGGACCUGUGCGAGGAGAUGUGAGCUGGCCCUGCCUGCACUGGCCUCCACUCACCACCUCCAGGCCCAGCAGCAGACUGCUCUGCACCACACCAGGAGGCUCCAAAGGACUAAGUGGCCAGAGUGACACUAAGGCCUAUGUCCCUCUCCCAGGCCAGGGCCUCAGACCUGCCAUGGGCAGCAUGACCUGACACCUCACGUGACCCCAGCCACCAAUUUGCAGAGCCUAAAGCCUGACAGCCCAAGGCUGAGCAGAUGGGGGCUGGUGACGCCUGCUUCUGUCCUGUGUAUCUCCUAUCCCUGAGCAAGGAACUCCCAGCACAAGCCUAGCCCUGGUUCAGCUAACCCUUCUUGCCCUAAGCUGCCAUUACCCAGAGGAAGAACGAAUUGCUGCAUCAUCCUGAUGGGCCUGCACCCUUCCAGCGCAGGUCACCACAGUUUCCCACCCAUGGUGUAGAGUGGCCUAGUGCUGUGCCUGUCACCAUCUGCACACCAAGCUGCAGGGAAAGGAGGCUGCUGUGAAAUGACUAGUUACUGGGCUCUGGGAAGUGCUUAGGACCAGGACUCCAGUGAGAGCUGUGGUGAGUGCUAGCUGAGUGUUCUGCCCCAGGACUCCAUGCCCAGCCUGGCACUCUCCAGAGAGGACUGUGGUCUAGGUGGACCCAUCUGCAAGACAGCAGGUUUGUUACACUCAUGCACACAACACCUGGAAGCCCCUGCUCACGGUUUGCUGCUUGCUCCUUGCCCUGCCCUGCCUUCUCCAAUCCCUAGCUAUUGCCCUUCUUACCAGCUUGGAAGGGCAGGGUCCCUGAGAACUGACUAGGUUGGCACAGGUGUGCCCAAAGAUCCCAGCCCUCUGUGGUCUGCCAGAGCUGGGCCCAUAGGUAGUAGUAGACCAGGUCUAGCAUCCCCUGAGGAAAAAGCCAACCGCCCUGCUUUGUGGAUGGCACUGAGGAAGAGGGCCAUCUGCAGUGAGCGGUGAGCAAGGCCAAGAUAGAUGCCCUCCUGGGAGUCUCAAGCAAAGCUGUUCUUAAUACUGAUAUCAAGUACCCUCAACCCCAGUGGAGAACUCCUGUGGGCUGUGGUGACACAGCUGUGAGGCCUGCACUGGAAACAAGUGUGGGGAUGUCAUCCUGAGGCCUCUGGCUCCCACCUAUCCUGCCAUCUGAGGCAUAGUCCUCAGGCCACCUGCCUAGGGGAGGAGCAGAGCCUGGUGGGAAAGGUGGACGUCGCAAGCCACCAGCCUCUACAAGUGUUAGAAAUCACAGAUACAGUAUGUACUUAAUUACACUAAAUUAUUGUGGGGAUUCCUCAUAAGUACUAAUUAUACCUGAUUAUAAGUUAAAAUAUUUAUUUUGUGAAAAUAUUUUCUUGGGGAUGUAUUUAACCUUUUUUGUGUUUGUGAAGGCUCGCCAGUUCUCGCCCACUUUCCUGGCCAGCCAGCAGCAGCUAACUGCACCAGGUACAUUCUGUCCUGGCACCCAGCAGUGGCGGCACCCAGCAGUGGCCUGAGGCUGUGCUGUGAGUGACCAGCUUGCUUCUCAGUUGCAUGGGACAAGGGAUUUUGGAGCCAAAAAAGGCUUAUAGCUGGCCUGGGCCAGAGGAAAAGGUGACCGUCCAUCUGUCUUGUCUUUCUAUCAGCCCCUGCACUGUGAGUGACUGUGCCUUGGCUCCCUGCCCUUCUCCCCACCCAGUGGUCUCAGGCCUGUGUUGUCACUGCAGCACCUUGGGAGCGAGAACCCAAGUUCUUCUAUGCUGAGGGGUUGGCGUCUAGGAAUGGGUCAGUGGCAACUACUCCUUCUCCUCUUCCCUUUCCCAUCCUCACCCUUCCUGCUGAGCUCAGCCUUCUGGCUGGUGAAGGUAAACAAUGGACCUCCUGGGACCAGGCCAGCCUCACUUGGGAAUAGCACAUGGACUAGUGCUGGCAUGGUCACAGCCCUUGCACUACCCAUUUAGCCCAUGUGCCACUCUGUGAUCUUCUAUUGGGACAUCUGGGCUCUUCUAUCAUGUUCAGCCACAUGGAAACAAUGUGUCUCCCCCACCCACAAAGGGAUCUGUUUCUACCCCAAAGAUGCUUUCUGUUAGGCCUGCAGGAUCUACGUUUCCCAGUGCCCAUCUCCAGCCCUUCCCAACCAUGGAAGUGGCUACAGGGUUCCCCUGUAGCCACUAGCCUUGGGAACAGCUGUCAAUCAUGAGUUAUGAUUGCUUUUGUCACAGUGUCCCAAAACAACCUCCAGGCUCUCCCGAAGAGUAAACAACAGAUAUUUUAUUUCAUAAAGUUUGCACUUAAUUUGUGAGGGUUCUCAGGAUCAUUGGGGGCUACUGAAAAGAGGAAUGUGUUCAUUAUCCUUUUGUCCCUCAAGUCUAGUGUUAUUGUCACUGUCAUGUGUUUCUGUGGGCAGAGCUGGUUCUGGAGGGUGGGUCAGUGUUUAUUCGGCUCCGAGUGACCCCAGAGUGUCUCCUCACCCCACUGGCUCUCCUAGAUGCUGUCUCUCUAGUUCGGUUCUUGCAUGUAAUGUAUUCCACAAUAAAUGAAUAAUUGAA